AUGUUUAGGUGGGGACAAACUUUGUGCAUUGCUUUGAACCGACACAUCAGUUCUGUGGAUAGCAUAUGUGUUACCCAAUUACAGAAAAACUUUAGUUCAUGCACUAUAAUGGCCAAUAAAUUUAAAUUACCUGCCCGCUAUGGAGCUGGUGAAAAGAGUGUGUGGGUUGAAUAUAUUCAACUGGCUGCAGAAUAUAAACCUGCAGUAAACCUCGGUCAGGGCUUCCCGGACUAUCAUGCACCAGAUCAUGUUUUAAAGGCACUUUCAAAAGCAGCCCUCAGUGAAAAUCCUUUGGCUAAUCAGUACACGAGAGGAUUUGGUCACCCAAAAUUAGUACAAAGCAUAGGUAAACUGUACUCUCCAUUAAUAUCCAGGGAUCUUGAUCCACAAAAUGAGAUUCUGGUUACUGUUGGUGCAUAUGAAGCUUUGUAUUCAGCGAUACUGGGUUAUGUGGAUGAGGGUGAUGAGGUGAUAGUGAUUGAGCCUUUCUUUGACUGCUACGACUUCAUGAUCAAGUGUGCUGGAGGUGUGCCGAGAUUUAUUCCUCUUAAGCAAAAAAAAACCUCAGGCACCAUCACCUCUGCAGACUGGGUACUAGACGAAAAGGAGUUAGCUGGUCUCUUCAAUUCUAAAACAAAGAUGAUCAUAGUGAACACUCCACACAACCCCUUGGGCAAAGUCUUCACAAUGGAGGAGCUGACGUUCAUUGCCAACCUCUGCAAGAAACAUAAUGUACUGUGCUUGUCCGAUGAGGUGUACGAAUGGAUGGUCUACGAGCCUAAAAAGCAUAUCAGGAUGGCCACUUUACCGGACAUGUGGGAACGCACAAUAACAGUGGGCUCAGCGGGCAAGACAUUCUCAGUGACUGGCUGGAAGAUAGGAUGGGCGUACGCUAAUCCAAAACUCAUGCGCAACUUGCAGGUUGUACACCAGAACUGUGUGUACACUUGCUGUACACCAAUACAGGAAGCAAUAUCUGAGGCACUAGAAUAUGAGUUAGCCCGCCGUGACACUUCCGACUACUACAUGAAAUCUUUGGCACGAGAGAUCCAGCCGAAGAGAGAUUUUCUGAUAAAAGCACUUACAGAGAAUGGGUUUAAUCCCACCAUACCGGAGGCUGGCUACUUCGUUGUUGCUGACUGGACUAAAUUAGCUGAUAAAAUCGACUUAUCCAAGGAAUCGGACCAGUACAAAGACUACCGCUUCACGAAGAAGUUCGCGAAGGAGGUCGGUGUACUAACCAUCCCGCCCUCUGCAUUUUAUUCAAAAGAACACAAGCAUUUGGGAGAGAAUUAUGCCAGGUUUUGUUUUAUCAAGAAAGACGAAAAUCUGGCAUUGACUGAGAAACUUUUGAAGGAGUGGAACAAGAAAAAAUCCAAAUCAUAA